AGUCCCUCAAUAAAUACGUGGAAGUCCAUAAAUUCUUACAAAACGUACUAUAAUUAGUACUAUUUGAAUCAAAUAAUCUAACACAUGAACGUGUUGGUUGAGUUCUUUGUCUCUUCUAGCUCAUGCUGAGUUUUUUUUUUGCACAAAGGAGUUAACAACAGUCGUCGUAUUUCCCUCAAACAACCUUGUCUUAUUUAGUUUCAGAUAAGUUCCUCAUGCUAGGCGCCACCACCGCAUCACCACCUAUUUCUCCGCCAUAUUUAAACUCAAACCCCGUCACUCUCCACGACCGAAAGCAGCUUCUCUUCAAGUUACAACAAUGCAAAAGCAUUAAACACGCCACUCCAAUUCAUGCUCAUAUAAUCAAGAACGGCAACCCCAAUGACCCUUUUAUAUUAUUCGAGCUUCUUCGCAUUUGUUCCAAAUCCUGCUCCAUUGAAUACGCUUCCAAGAUAUUCCAGCAAACCCCGAACCCAAAUGUAUUUCUCUACACUGCUUUUAUUGACGUGUUUGUUUCUUCAGGGUCUUAUUCUGAUGGAAUUAAAACUUAUUUUCAAAUGGUUAGGGGUUUCAUUUUGCCUGAUAAUUAUAUAAUCCCUUUGGUUUUGAAAGCAUGUGGGUUUGCAUUAGAUUUGGAAAGUGGUAAACAAAUCCAUUGCCAGGUCAUGAAAUUGGGAUUGAGUUCGGAUAGGUUUGUGAGGUUAAAGCUAAUGGAACUUUAUGGAAAAUGCGGAGAGUUUAAUGAUGCGAAGAAGGUGUUUGAUGAAAUGCCUCAAAGAGAUGUUGUUGCUUCUACCGUUAUGAUAUCGUGUUAUUUUGAUCAUGGAUUAGUGAGUAAGGCGAUGGAUGAAUUUCGUGUAGUUUCGACUAAGGAUAAUGUUUGUUGGACUGCUAUGAUUGAUGGGUUGGUUAGAAACGGUGAAAUGAAUUUCGCAUUGGAGUUGUUUAGAGAUAUGCAGAUGGCCGGUGUAAAGCCUAAUGAAGUGACAAUUGUUUGCGUUCUAUCUGCGUGUGCGCAGUUAGGAGCACUAGAGCUUGGUAAAUGGGUUCAUUCUUAUGUAGAGAAGUAUAACAUUGAAGUUAAUCAUAUAGUUGGUUCAGCUUUGGUGAAUAUGUAUUCAAGGUGUGGAGAUAUUGAUGAGGCAGCUAGCAUUUUCGAAGAGUUGAAAGCGAGAGAUGUGACCACUUAUAAUUCUAUGAUUGUUGGGUAUGCAUUGAAUGGGAAGAGCGUAGAGGCUAUCAAAAUUUUUCAGAGAAUGAUACGUGAAGGAAUUAAACCGACAAGUAUUACAUUUUCCGGUGUUUUAAAUGCAUGUAGUCAUGGUGGGUUAGUGGACGUUGGGUUUGAGAUCUUUGAGAGUAUGGAAAGUGAAUAUGGAAUUGAACGAAGAAUUGAACAUUACGGAUGUAUGGUUGAUCUUCUUGGUCGUGUAGGCCGUCUUCAAGAGGCUUAUGAUUUUAUACAAAAAGGCAACAUUGCUCCGGACAAUGUAAUUUGGGGAUCGUUGUUAAGUGCUUGCAGAAUUCAUAAACAUUUCGAACUAGGGGAAAGGGUUGCAAAAAUUCUAUUGGAGUAUGGUGCUGCUGAUUCUGGAACGUAUAUUCUUCUGUCUAAUGUCUAUGCUUCACUUGGUAAAUUUAAGGAAGCAGCACAAGUGAGAACGAAAUUGAGAGAAGAAUUAGGUGUCCAAAAGGAACCAGGUUGCAGUUCGAUUGAAGUGAAAAAUGAGAUUCAUGAGUUUCUUUUGGGAGACAUUAGACACCCUGAAAGGGAAGCAAUAUACAUUAAACUGAAGGAGCUGAAUGAUAUGCUGAAAUCCGAAGAUUAUGCUCCAGCAACCGAUGUCAUCUCACAAGAUAUUGAAGAACAUGAGAAAAAAUGGGCUUUGAGCAUACAUAGUGAAAGGCUUGCAAUAUGUUAUGGCUUGAUCUCAACCAAACCAAGUACCACAAUAAGAGUAGUAAAAAAUCUUAGAGUUUGCAAUGACUGCCAUUCAGUUAUUAAGCUUAUAUCUAAGAUUACACGGAGAAAAAUUGUUGUUAGAGAUCGGAAUAGGUUUCACCAUUUUGAAAAUGGUGUUUGUUCUUGUGGUGACUACUGGUAAACACAACAUAUUUUUUUGGUCUACAUUCUUGAUAUGAUGCUAUAUUGUAGAUAAUGUCCAUCUUUGAGUCCAUUUCAGGAUUAAUCCAGACAGACAGAAGUAAGAGUAGAAUCUGUAAUUACUCAGGUCGUUGGUAUAAAUAUACAAUCUUGAAUUGAGUACCGAGCUUGCAAUAUUACCCAAUUAUUGAUUACCCUUUUUUCACUUAAGGUGGCCUAUUUUCUGUGUCUUCUUUCUGUACCUAGGCUGGACAGCUGAUCCAAUUGUGCAGAUAAGCUAGUCAAGAAACAGAGAUAUAUCAUGAAAGAGAGGGGUUCAAAAUUCAUAUUUGACUUUAACAUAUGUAGAUGAAUAUCUUCAAUUACUUGCAUUUAAAUGUGACUUCUUUCUUAGCAUGUUUAUAUCAAGACGUAAACUUGGGAUUAGUACUUUACCCAAGAAUAUUGAGCAAGACAUGUCACCUAACUUUGUCAUUGCGAAAGCAGUUCUACUGCGGCGUUG